GCGUUGGAGCUGUAUGAUUGCACGAACAUCGCCGAGGUACUGUACGUACAGUACGGAGGUUUGCACCCUAACCCUGAAGUAUGACGUCGUGAAGAGCUGUGGACAUUGGGGUAACUCCCCGCAUUGAGCGGGUAUUACUGCGCUAAUAAGGGGUUGGGUGACUUGGGUUGCCCCGCGAUCAGCCCUACGGACCUGAACCACUCACUUGGGUCCUGUGGUAGAUACAUAGACCCUGCCCAUCAUGGCUAGCAAAACAGCUCUCGUCACCGGCGGCACAGGCUUUUUGGGACGGCAGGUUGUUAAGAGGUUUGCCUCAAACAACUGGAAUGCCAAAGGCACCGGCUUCUCUCGCGCCGAUGGCACGUCAAUCCUCAAGGUUGACCUCGCCAAAGGUGAGGAGAUUGAGAGAGCGUUAGACGAGCAGAAGUUCAGACCACAGGUCGUCGUCCACUGCGCCGCGAACCGCUUUCCGGACAAAGUCGACAAAGACCCCGAGGGCACACGGGUAGUCAACGUCGAAGCGUCCAGAACCCUCGCGCGGCUCUGUGCGCAACGUUCCAUCCUCCUCAUUUACAUCUCGACCGACUACGUCUUUAGCGGCAGACCAGGGGAGGCGCCGUACGAGGCCGACGCCGAGACGGGGCCGACCAACCUCUACGGGCAGACCAAGCUGGACGGCGAGCGUGCCGUCCUGGACGAGUUCAAGGCCGCCGGCAAGGAAGGAUUUGGUGUGGUGCUUCGAGUACCGGUGCUCUACGGCCCGGCUGAAUCUAAUGCCGAGAGCGCGGUCAAUGUGCUCAUGGACUCAGUGCAGAAGGCGCAGAAGGAGGGGGUUAAGAUUAGUAUGGACCAUUGGGCGCUGAGGUACCCUACGAAUACAGAGGAUGUGGCGAGGGUUUGUUAUGCUGUUCGGUAUCUUGAGGCAGAGGAUAAAGCGUCCCUGCCAAAGGUGCUCCAGUUCUCCAGCGAGGACAAGUACACCAAGUACGAGAUUUGCCAGCUCUUUGGUGAGAUCAUGGGCUUGCCGAUUGAUCGGAUUGAGCCGAAUACGGCGGGCAACGAUCCCAACGCCAGUGUGCAAAGGCCCUACGACUGCCAUCUCAGCACCAAGGCGCUAAGGGAGCUAGGCAUCGAGGUUUGGACGCAGGAUUUUGUUGGCUGGUGGAGGCGGGAGUGUCGGGCAUUUCGACAUUAAUUCUCAUGUGUAUGUGCAGCUUGUCGGAGUACAUGUACGAAGUACUUGUACAUCAUAUCCAAAGAUCGUCCAUUUUGACCCGGGAUGAGUCGAUCUGAUGCCCAGCUACGAC